AUGACAGUUGGUAUCAGAGUGAAAGCUCAAAUCAUUCGAAGAAGCAUGUCGAAGAGACAGGUCUGUCCAAAGAGGGAACGAUCUAGAGAUGUUGUAGCCAUGAUGAAGAAGCGGCUUUCUAAGAUGGAGAAUGCCAUGGUCGAGUUUGAUCAACUUCUCGAGAAGGACGUCCUUAUGAAGCCGGGUUUCGAAGCUGUAGUGGAUGAGCUUCAGGGCCAAUUCCAAGGAGCCCUCAACUCCACACUAGACAACAUCAAGCUAGAUGUCCAAACCAACCUAGAUCACUUCUUAGCAGAGCUUACUUCGCUUCGUGAUGAGGUGAAGGAUGUGAAGGGAGAUUGGACCUUGUGCAAAGAAGCUGUCUUGAACAAGACCUAG